AUUCUCUGUUUUGAUUUGUUUUGCACAAAACAUGGGCUGAUGGUGGAACGGGCGGAACGUCUUUAAAAAAAAAUCAACUAAAUUUGCAGUUUUUUCGAGUGUUUUGUAGUUUUCUAUAACCACCAGUGUCUUCCGAGCUUGUUCCAGCGCUAUUCUUUGCAAGGCAAACCGCAAUUUUGAGCAUAAACCAGAAUGGUCGUAGAGCAAGAUUCAAGCCCUCCGGCAGUGGACGGCGCCGGCCAGCAAGAUAAGCCGCAGCAGCGCCGCCACAAGAUCCCCGUCCCGACCAACUACCGGUCCGCGUCCAAGAUUUUGCGCCUGGUCGUCGAGGAACGGCGCAACGUAAAAUCGCUCGUUCUGGAAGAUAAGCACCUGCGCAAGGGCAAGGGGUUGGCCAUGAUGGACUUGAUUUUGGUCAAUUUGACGCAGAUUAAGGAUUUGGUGAGGCGGACGGAGUUGUUGGAGAAGGAGCCCCGGCUGAACCCGUGGCUGGCGACGGUGCUGGUGGCGGAGCUGAUCUUCGGGCGGAAGGAGCUGACGGGGGACUCGCUGCCGGUGCAGUGCGUCCGGCGCUACCGGGAGGCUCUGCAGGAGGCGCUGACCACGUCGGAAGUGGCGCCGGCCAAGCAGCUCGACUUUAAAGAACCGCGGUACGUGCGCAUCAACGUGAACAUGCUGGCGCCGCCCGGGGCCAUCCGGCUGCUGCAGGAGGAGGGCUGGGUGCUGGUGGACGAGGAGUUUGCCAGCUACGCUGAGUACCUGGAGCGGGUGCGCAACCUGGGCGAUUCGGAGUUUUUGGUGGACUUUCACUUCAAGGAGAUGCUCGUGUUUCCGAACAGUGCGAAAAAUUACUGGGCCCGGGCGACGGACCACAAGCAGAAGUUUGUGCUGCAGAAUAAGGCCUGCCUGCUUCCAACUUACCUGCUGAACCCGGCCAAGAAGAGCGUCGUGAUGGACAUGUGCGCCGCGCCGGGCCUCAAAACCACCCACCUGGCGAACCUGAUGAAGAACAAGGGCCGCGUGUACGCCGUCGAGCGGGACGCCAACCGGUACAAACUGCUGUGCGACUAUUCCGCCGACUUUGGCGUCAUCAAAACCAUCAACGACGACUGCCUGCUGGUCGGGGACGAGCAAGCCCCCGGCGUUGAAUACAUCCUGCUCGAUCCGAGCUGUUCCGGCUCCGGCAUGGUGGACCGGCUCAAGCUGAACGAGGAAAUCGACAAGCAGCGGCUGUACCGACUCGGUGGCCUCCAGUACAAACUGCUGACGCACGCCAUGAACGCCUUCCCGGCCGCCAAACGGAUCGUCUACUCGACCUGUUCGAUCUUCCCCGAGGAGAACGAAGCGAUCGUGCAGGGCGCGCUGCGUCACAACGGCCACUGGAAGCUGGUGGACGCGAAGGCCGCCCUCGGCAAGGAGUGGCACAACGUGGGCUCGCCGGACUAUCCCGGCAUCGGCGAGAAGUGUCUGUACGCGCGGCCCGAGAGUGACCUCACCAUCGGCAUGUUUGUGGCCGUGCUGGAGCGGUGCGAGGGCGAGGACGAGGUCAACGAGGUCUAUCUGGCGCACGAGAAGCAAAAGGACAGCUACGAGAAGCUGGCGAGGAUCGGCAAGGACGGCGGCGGGAAGGAGAAGGGGAAGCGGCGGAGGAAGCAGGAGGAGCAGGAAGUGGCUGGCGAGGAGGAAGAGGGCUCACAAGCUGCUCCUGAAGAAAACGUGAAUGAGGAUGAGCCGAGUAAGAAAAAGAAGAAGAAAAAGUCGAAAGAACUGGUUGAAGAAGAGAAUCAACAAGCAGAAGAGGUCGCCGAAGCUCAGCAGGAGGAUAGCUCUCUAAAAAAGAAAAAGAAGAAAGACAAGAAGGUAGAAUCUGCAGUUGAAGAGCAAGACGUGGCCAUGCCUGAAGAUUGUACACAGGAUGACGACGAUAAGAUCAGUAAGAAAAAGAAAAAGAAGAAUAAGAAUAAGGAAGUUGAGGAACCGGAAGUGGUUCCCGAAGAGAGCACUGUUGACGAACAGGAUGUUUCUUCAGUUAAGAAAAAGAAGAAGAAGAAUAAGGACAAAAGUGUCGAAGAAAUCGUUGAAUAA